AUGGCGGCCACGGUUUCAGAUUCAGAAAUCACAAAAAGUGAUAAAUAUUCAAUUUUACUUCCAACUUACAACGAAAGAGAGAAUUUACCGAUCAUAAUAUGGCUUAUUAUUAAAUAUCUAGACAAUAGUGGACACGAUUACGAGGUGAUUGUGAUUGAUGAUGGAAGUCCCGAUGGCACUUUGGAAGUGGCUAAGCAGCUACAGAAAAUAUACGGAUCGGAUAAAAUAGUUUUAAGACCUCGGGAAAAGAAAUUAGGCUUAGGCACCGCAUACAUACAUGGCAUAAAACAUGCUACGGGUAAUUUUAUCAUUAUUAUGGAUGCGGAUUUAAGUCACCACCCAAAAUUCAUACCAAAUUUCAUUGAGUUACAAAAGAAACAUGAUCUGGACGUGGUAUCUGGGACUCGUUACAAGGAUGGAGGUGGCGUGUAUGGGUGGGACUUCAAAAGGAAAUUAAUAUCCAGGGGUGCCAACUUUAUAACACAGUUGCUUCUUAGGCCCGGUGCAUCAGACUUGACGGGAUCCUUUAGAUUAUAUAAGAAAGAUAUUCUUCAAAAAUUAAUAGACAGCUGUGUGUCUAAGGGUUAUGUCUUCCAAAUGGAAAUGAUUAUAAGAGCAAGACAACUAGAAUAUACUAUAGGCGAGGUGCCAAUUACUUUUGUUGAUCGUGUGUAUGGAGUGUCCAAGCUUGGAGGAUCGGAGAUUAUUCAGUUUGCGAAGGCCUUACUCUAUUUGUUUGCCACCACAUAG